GGGAUUCCUGCACUGCAGGCGGGGUUGGACUAGAUGACCCUUGGGGACCUCUUCCAACUCUCCAAUUGUGCGAAUUGCCGUCAGCAGUUUGCCACAAAGACUCGCACUCGCGGUUGCCCGAGAGGAGGAAAGCAGCAGGCAGCAGUGCGGAGCCCGCGGCAGCGAGUCCCGCGGAUCCCUCCUAAUCCAACCCUCCUCCUCCCCAAAUGCAAAUACGGCGCCGUCGCCACGCCCCUCCGGAGCGCUUCUUGGGGCUGCUCGCAAGAGGCGGCGGGAACAGAUCCGAUCGCCGAAGAGAUGAGGAGGGUGGCGGGCUCGAUGGACUCCCAGGCCGAGCACCGCGCCGAUUACUUCCGACGCUCCAACCUGUUCGUAAUGGUGGCGAUCUUGGCCGGCCUGAGCUACCACGGGUUGGCAGUCUUUUCACCCUCAACAAUCCCCUAUGACCUUCUGGGACCAUUAGGCACCGUCACUAAAUAUUUGGUGGAAAACCAUAAAACUCUUCUCAAUAUCGGAUAUUUAAUUAUCUGGUUAAUCCACAUCGGGGAAGCAUUAUUUGCCCUCAAGCUAUGCAGGAUGAAAGGCAUCACAGACCCUUCAACUCAGCGGUUGUGGUUGGUUCAAACAUUUUUCUUUGGAAUGGGAUCUCUCUACCUUUUGUUGACCUACAACCCCCAGAAGAAAAGUUGGUGAAGGAUUCAGCCAGAAGAGAAGGUUCCAACGCAUUCUAGCUUUGGGGUAUAUUUUUCAGGGAGAGGGAUGGGUGUAUUCCUAAAUAUUUUUUGUGCGUUCAGAAGUGUGGCAAUCUUUCACUUGGAAAGAGAAAUUUCUUUCAGACGUUUCCUCUGCAGGUUUUGCAGCUGUGGGCAAAGCGAGGAAACUAGCUUGUGACAAUGGGGGAUGGAGCCUUUCUUUUUAGAUCAAGGAAAUAAAGCCAGUUCUUAAUGGUCAGGACCAAAAUGCCAACACUCACAAGAUAUCUGCAUAGGACCAAUUUAAAAUAGGGGUGACAAACAGAGCAAGCACAGAGCAACCUAUAGUCUCUACUUCUCAGGUCUAACAGUAGCCUUAUUCAUAAACUGAGCUGUAUAGAAGUGUGGUGAGGCAUCUUCCUUUGGGCCCAACUUGCACCUGUCUGUUGCUCCCCUGGUUUUGCCUGCAUGGCUGGAUUGCCCUCUAUAAGUGAUUAUAUGGAUAGUCCCCUUCAUUUAUGAGCCUCUUUCUCCCCUCCCCCGCCACCCUUUUUACAGGUAAGGAUUGCAGAUUAAGCAGGUCUGUGAGCACUGAUCUCUACAUGCAGCCACACUGUGUCCAGGGUGUAGCUGUGACUGGGAGGCAAGGUGGCAUUUUCAUUCUCUGUCAUUUGCACCAUAGACCAAGAGGGCUAAUGCUACUCCAUUAGUACUUUUAGCUGUGCUUAAUAAUAAUAAUAAUAAUAAUAAUAAUAAUA